AUGGAUUUACUUCACAAGGGUUGGUUCACGGAGUUCUCGCCAGAUGAUCUGGAAAGGAUGAAAAAUGAAGGAAAUGUGAAGCAGAUGAAAUCAGAUGGAGUGGUAAUGGGCGGUGCGUGGCCUGGCCAAGCUUUUUCUCUAAAAGUAAAAGAAGUUUUGUUUCACCAAAGGAGCGAUUAUCAAGAUGUUCUGGUAUUUAAGAGUUAUGGGAAUGUACUUGUACUAGACGGAAUCAUACAAGCAACGGAGCGAGACGAAUUUUCAUAUCAGGAAAUGCUCGCUCACCUACCGAUGUUUGCACACCCAAAUCCAAAAAAGGUUUUGAUUAUUGGCGGUGGUGAUGGUGGAAUCUUGAGAGAAGUUUUGAAGCAUCCCGAAGUUGAACAAGUCACGAUGUGUGAAAUAGAUCACGUUGUAAUCGAUGUUUCAAAAAAGUUUCUACCUGGUAUGUCGUGCUGUUUUUCAAGCCCUAAACUAAAUCUUUAUUGUGGCGAUGGCUUCGAAUUUCUGAAAAAUAACAAGAAUCAGUUUGAUGUUAUCAUCACUGACUCGUCUGAUCCAAUUGGACCUGCAGAGAGUCUUUUUGGGCAAUCUUACUAUGAACUAUUGCGAGACGCGCUCAAUGAAAAUGGUGUGCUUUCUUCACAAGGCGAGUGUCCUUGGCUAGACCUUGCCCUGAUUCGCAAUGUCUACCAUGAAUACUGUACUCCAAUCUUUCCUGUUGUUCGCUUCGCUGUUGGCUCUGUACCAAGUUACACCAGUGGGCUCAUGGGAUACAUCGUCUGCAGUAAAUCGAAGGUUCUUCCCGGCGAAUGCGCUUGGCUACAUCUGGGUUUGAUCGCCCACAUGGUUCGCUUUAACCGUCGCUUGUUUGCUAACGUAAGAUACGCCCAAUCGGCUGUCUCUACAUAUCCGUCCGGCACGAUGGGCUACAUCAUAUGUUCGAAAUCGGACACUGAUGUCACCGUACCGUCGCGUAAACUGACAGAUGACGGUGUGGUGAAUAUGAACUUACGGUAUUACAACUCAGAAUUACAUUCUGCCGCUUUCGUUCUUCCUCAGUUCAUCAAGAAGGUUUGGGAAAGUCUCUCGAUUCUGUUUUGA